AUGGCAAGUCACGACACAACAUCAAUCGAGAAGAUUUCGAAGCCCGCAGGCGCCCGUGUCCCAUGGGCAAGCGCAGUAGAUCUCAGUGACCGCAUCAUCAAGUUGUCCGUGGGCCAAGACACUAUCAAAGUGCACGAGAAGAUACUCUGCGCGACGUCCGAGUUCUUCAAGAAGGCUACCAAAUCCGAAUGGGCGGAGUCAAGGCCCGAUCCUGACACCAUGGACCUUACAGACGAUCAUCCGGCAGUCGUCAAGGCGUAUGCGAACUGGCUAUACUUUCGAACUCUUCCUACCCCGGAUGAACACUCGCUUGCAAACGGAACUUUCAAGGCUGAUUGCGAGGAUGAGGACAUGACGAAGAUUGACGAUAACCAUGACCUAAUGGACGAGACCCAGAUUUUUCUAGCGAGGGCAUACGUUUUCGGCGAGAAGGUGAUAGACAACCAAUUCAAAGACACCAUCAUCGACUGCAUGAUAGCGUGUACUGUCAAGUUUGGCGACUGUCCUUCUCAUACGGCCAUGAACAUCCUCUACCAGGGAACACUAGCAAAUUCGCCCGCGAGGCGCCUCAUAGUAGACUUCUGGGUAUAUUGUGCCCAUGACUCCAAGGGCUGGGCGGGCAGUGUUAAACUCCAUACGCCGGAGCUCAUCGCAGACGCAUUGGAGGCCAUUGUGCGAAAACGGCCUUUCCCGAAGAAUCGACCAUGGGAGGAAUCGCCGGAGCAAUACCACGAAAAGAACCAGGUCGAGGACAUCGCGGCUCUGUCAACGUCAAGCUAG